AUCCGAGAUUCCCUUCAGUUUAUGUUGCGCACCCGAUCUGCCAAAUUGGUAUCCCGUUAUUGUAUAUCACAAAGAAUCCAUAAUAUAUAAAGACAAUUCAUAAACAUAAAAUUUCCGAUCUUUGAAAUCAAAAUUGACAUAUUGGUCGAACGUGCGAAAUUUCUCCUGGAAGAAUCGAUUGCUAAGAUAAUGGUUAUAACAAAUGACAAUUUAAGUAUAAGCAUAAGCUCCGAAGAAGGAUAUGAUUUAGAUUACGUACCGUAUGACCAACGACCCGAAACUUACAUCGUGCCAGCAGUAUUUUCAUUAAUUCUAGUCGUGGGUGUAACCGGAAAUGGUAUCUUGGUUCUUAUCCUAUUAUGCCACGCCAAUAUGAGAAAUGUACCAAACACUUACGUGCUAUCUUUAGCCUUGGGCGAUUUGUUGGUGAUUGUGACUUGCGUACCUUUUACGUCUAUUCUUUACACAAUCGAAUCGUGGCCAUGGGGCUUAACUAUCUGUAAACUAUCCGAAUGCGCUAAGGAUAUUUCAAUCGGCGUGUCGGUAUUUACUCUAGCGGCUUUGUCAGCCGAAAGAUAUUGUGCUAUAGUGAACCCCAUACGUCGCCACAUAGCGGGUUUAAGCGCAAAACCAUUAACUAUUUUAACGGCAUGCCUUAUCUGGGUCUUAGCGAUUGUCUUAGCUAUGCCCUCCGCGCUCUUCUCCAACGUUCCGGCUAUACCGUUGCAAGGAAACCGCAGCAUAUUAAUCUGCAGCCCUUUUCCCGAGGAGUUUGGUGUAAUUUAUCAAAAAGGCAUAGUAAUGUUCAAAUUUUUGGCGUAUUACGCGAUACCGCUAUGCGUGAUAGCCGGUUUCUAUCUGGGCAUGGCACGGCAUUUAGCGUUGUCCACCAGGAACAUGCCAGGUGAACUCCCCGAUCAUCGCUUUGAACAGAUAAGGGCGCGCAGGAGGGUGAGCAGAAUGGUGAUGUGUUUCAUAAUUGUUUUCGUGAUUUGUUUCCUACCAUAUCACGUGUUUAUGCUGUGGUUUCACUUCUCCCCCACGUCGAGGGACGACUAUGAUAAUUUCUGGCACACCUUCAGGAUAAUCGGCUUCUGCCUCAGUUUCAGCAACAGCUGCGUUAAUCCCAUAGCCCUAUACUUAAUUAGCCGCACGUUUCGUCAAAGGUAAGCGCGCGUAUAAUCC